GGACUUAGCUUCGGUACAAUUCCGAAAUUUGGAUGACGAAAUUCGAACAAAUUUUGUUGCGAUCAAAGCCAAGUGGUUUGGUAGAGCUCCGAAAUUUGGAUGACGAAAUUUGAAUAAACUUCCUUUUUGAAUCGGAAAACUCGAACAAUCUUGUGAACAGUGGGCCAGUGGCUCACCGCCCACUUCACCGGUUUCCGGCGUCCGGCGCGGCGCCUGCAGAAGAGCCCCUCGAAAACCCCUACCCCCCAUAGCUGCCCACGUCCCCCCGUUUCCCGCGCCCACCUCCACCGCCAUCGCCAUGGGCAAGCCGAAGCAGCAAGUGCUCUCCCGCUUCUUCUCCCCCAAGCCGCGGCCCUCCGCCCCCGCCACCGCCGACGAUCCGCCGCCUCCGCCUAGACCUCCCGCCGAGCCGCCCGUCGCCGCCGUCGUCUCCUUCUCGCCCGCCAAGCGCGCGCGCGCCCUCUCCGUCUCCCCCAAAACCACCGCCAAAAGGGCCAAGCCCUCCCCUCCCCCUUCCGACUACGUUCGCCGCAGGCUGCUCGAACCGCCCCGGCCGCCCCCGCCCGCCGCUGUGAACCCUAGCGGCAAAGGCUACACCCCGCUGGAGCAGCAGGUGGUCGACCUCAAGGCGCGCCACCCCGACGUCCUCCUCAUGGUCGAGGUCGGUUACCGCUUCCGCUUCUUCGGCGAGGACGCCGCCGUCGCCGCCUCCGUGCUCGGCAUCAUCGCCCACCCCGACCACAGCUUCCUCACCGCCAGCAUCCCUACCUUCCGCUUGGGCUUCCACGUCCGCCGCCUCGUCGCCGCGGGGCACAAGGUUGGCGUCGUCCGCCAGACCGAGACGGCGGCGAUCAAGGCGGCGCACGGCGGGGGCGCGGCCGGCACGCCCUUCGCGCGCGGGCUCUCGGCGGUGUACACGCGCGCCACUAUCGAGGCCGCGGCCGGGGAGCUGGAGGGCGGCGGCGCGCCCGACGAGGGGAGCAGGUACCUCGUGUGCGUGGUGGACAAGGAGGUGGACGCCAUGGGGACGGAGGGGUUCGAGGUGAAGAUCGGGGUGGUGGCCAUCGAGGUUUCGACCGGUGAGGUUGUGCACGGCGAGUUCAUGGACGGAGUCUCGAGGAAUGGCCUUGAGGCCGUGCUGCUUGGCUUGGCGCCCGUUGAGGUCAUCCUCGGGACUCCAAUAUCCUCUGCCACGGAAAAGCUGAUGGUGGCAUAUGCCGGGCCUACCUCUAAUGUCCGGGUUGAGCGCACCUCGCGUCUUUGUUUUAGUGAGGGUGGUGCUUUAGCUGAACUGCUCUCUUUGUUUGAGAAGUCUGGGGUUGAUGCUCCAACUGUUGAGAAUGGCAGACAUUUGAUGGAGAUGAACGAGGAGAACAAUAAUCCUCGUGGGAUUGAGGGUAUCAUGGCUAUGCCAGAACUAGUUAUCCAUGCACUGGCCUUGAGUGUUCGCUAUCUCAAGGGUUUUGGUAUGGACAGGAUAAUCUGCUUUGGUUCUUCAUUUCAGCCAUUUACAGCUAACACUGAAAUGUCUCUGUCAGCAAAUACUCUUCAACAACUUGAGGUAUUGAAGAACCACUCAGAUGGUUCAUUGGAUGGAUCAUUGUUCCAAACUAUGAACAACACAUGUACAGCUUUUGGAUCCAGAUUGUUUAGACACUGGCUGACUCACCCUUUAUGUGAUAGAAAUCAAAUAUGUACUCGUCAUGACGCGGUCUCUGAGAUCUCUGAAUCAAUUGGAUCACAACAAUAUUCAACUAACAAUCUCCAGGAUGAAGUGGACAUGUCUUGCUCAUCUUCUGUGAGAAGUGAUCUGAGCACCAUUCUUUCAUCCGUUUUGAGAAUGCUGGCAGGAACUCUUGAUAUACAAAGAGGAAUAACAAGGAUUUUCCACUGCAAAGCCACAGCGAAAGAGUUUGUUGGGGUCGUCCAAGCUAUCCUGACGGCUGGAAAGCAACUGCAGAAGCUUGUUCUUGAGGAUACAGACACCAUGUCUUCUCAGCAUAGAACUGUGCACUCUCCUUUGUUGAGAAGGCUAAUAAAUACGGCUUCAUCAUGUACUGUCCUGGCUAAUGCUGCGACACUUGUGUCUUGUCUUAACAAAGAUGCUGCUGAUCAAGGAGAUAUGCUAAACUUAUUCAUUGCAUCUGUUGAUCAGUUCCCAGAGGUUGCAGAGGGUCAUGCAACUGUUGAAAUGGCCAAGCAGAAAUUGGAGCUGUUAAUUACUGAGUAUCGAAAGCAGCUUGGUGUGCGCAACUUGGAGUUUAAAACAGUAGCUGGGACAACUCAUUUGAUUGAACUACCGGUGGAUAGAAAGGUACCUUCAAGUUGGAUGAAAGUAAACAGCACCAAGAAAACAAUUAGAUACCACACUCCGGAAGUCUCGAAAAACUUGGAGAAUUUAUUGCUGGCUAAGGAAAAGCUAGCAGUUAUCUGCAGGACAACAUGGAAUAACUUCCUCAUGGAUUUCGGCAGAUACUAUGCGCAGUUUCAAGCAACUGUUAAAUCUCUUGCCACUCUGGACUGCUUAUACUCGCUUGCCACUCUCGCAAAACAAAAUAAAUAUGUACGACCAAAUUUUGUUCGUGAGAAUGAAGCAAGUCAGAUUCACAUAAAAGAUGGCCGCCAUCCGGUUCUGGAGUCCCUACUUGGAGUCAAUUUUGUUCCAAAUGAUACCGAGCUUCAUGCAAAUAGUGAGUACUGCCAGAUUGUUACAGGACCAAACAUGGGAGGAAAGAGUUGCUAUAUUCGUCAAGUUGCUCUAAUUACAUUGAUGGCCCAGGUUGGUUCCUUCGUACCAGCUUCAUCAGCAACAUUGCAUGCUGUUGAUGGAAUUUAUACUCGAAUGGGCGCGUCCGAUAGUAUUCAGCAUGGAACAAGUACCUUUUAUGAGGAGUUGAGUGAAGCUUCCAACAUAUUGCAUAACUGCUCAUCUCGGUCACUAGUUAUCAUCGAUGAGCUUGGUCGUGGUACAAGCACACAUGAUGGUGUUGCUAUAGCUUAUGCUACAUUACACUAUCUUCUGAAAGAGAAGAAAUGCAUGAGACAAAGGAUCUUGGUGAAAUCACUUUCUUAUAUAAACUUGUUGCUGGAGCUUCAGACAGAAGCUUCGGUCUUAAUGUUGCGCUGCUUGCACAGCUUCCAUCUAGCUGUAUUGAGCGCGCUUCAGUCAUGGCAGCCAAACUUCAACAGGAGUUAAGUGAGCGUGAGAAAAAUAAGUUUUGUAGGCUAAUGGACGUUCCACGGGAAAGCUCUCCGAAAGAGCUUUGUGCACAGCCUUAUCAAGGGCUGGCUGAAGCAUGCCACAGGAUACUAUUUAACGUUACAUCUGCUCAAAGUAAUGACGAGUUAACGGAUACACUAUCUUCUUUAAGGGAAGCCAGGGAAAUUGCCUUGAAGGCAAUAAAAGGCUGGUGAUCAUGUUCUUCGAAGCAGUGGAUACUUCACCACUGGUUUCCUUUUGUUUUUUUGAAGGGAUCAGGUGGCAUCUUCUGAUAAUCUACUAAAAAUUUAUCGAAGAUGAUUUUGGGACUAAUGUUAUUUAUCGAAGACGAUUUUGGGACUAAUGUUAGCCAUUGUGCUAAUGGCAGCAGUGUAGACUGUAAAAUAUAGUGGAUCUGGAAGGUGGAGGACCUUGAAGUUAAAGCCAACUCUAUGGAAGAGCAAGUAACUUAUUGUAAAUCUGUAGUUACAGCAUCAGUUGAUGUAUCCAGACUUGUCCAAACCAUAUUAAAGCUUUGCCUCCAUUUUGAAGUGUAGAUGCAGAAAUGAGAUGCAUCUCUUAUAUCCUAUUCCUCAGUGAAAUAUCCCUGUGUUUCUAAUUUGUGUCUAUUUGUGAUAAUCCUGGAACUUCAAAAUGCUGUCCUCCGUCUUGA